UCUGCGAUAUGGCAACGCUGUUAGCCGAAUAGAAAAUUGUAUAAUUUAGUUUGUUGUUUUUCCUUGAUUUCUAUGAAUUAAAUAUAUUGAGAAAAGGCAAAUACCUGCGAAUAAUGGCGCUGAACAUCGUGAAGACCUUGAGGCCGAUGGCCCGCCCACUGGCAACGACCCUGGGCGGCCUGCAGCGGCAGGAGUUGAUUCACACGACGCCGGCGUGCUGCGAAAUCCGGAAAUUGGCCCGGUUACGAGUGGUGGACAACAGCGAUUUGGGCAAGAAGGCGAUGGCCGAGGGACGGCCGCCCAGGUGCAUCCAUGUGUACAACAAGCGCGGCGUGGGCCUCAUCGGCGACAAGGUCCUGGUGGCCAUCAAGGGGCAGAUGAAGAAGGGCAUACUGGUGGGCCUCAAGCAGAACCAGAAGCCCAAACAGCCCAAAUUCGACAGCAACAACCUGGUCCUCAUCGACGACAAUGGCAGUCCGUUGGGCACCCGGAUACACGUGCCCAUUCCCACCAUCCUGCGCACCAUCCUCAAGGAGAAGACCCUGGCCAAGGGUGCCGACUACACUAAGGUUCUGGCCAUCGCCAGUAGAUAUGUUUAAGUCACGUUGGAUCCCCGGGAUCCCGCCUUCCUGUUGCUAAAUGAAUAAAAUGUAUCCAACCGAA